ACAGUUCUGUAGUCCCAGCUCCCCAGCAAAUGCAUACUCCAGGAGCCUUCUGCCUGUAUUUAUGCUGAUCAUUUGUACCACCGAGACGGAGCUAUAGUCAAAACUAAAGAUGCCACUCUUCUUCCGUAAGAAGAAACCCAGUGAUGAUGCUCGGAAGCGCCUUGAAUACCAGAUGUGCCUGGCAAAAGAAGCUGGUGCUGAUGACAUUCUUGACAUAUCCAAAUGUGAACUCUCAGAGGUUCCUUAUGGGGCCUUUGCAACUUGUAAGGUCUUGCAAAAAAAGGUGCUGAUUAUUCAUACAAAUAAUCUGACAUCUUUAGUUCCAAAGUCCUGCAGCCUCCUGAGUCUCAUAACCGUAAAGGUUCUAGACCUGCAUGACAACCAGCUGGCAUCGCUUCCGGCUGAUAUUGGUCAGCUGACCUCUCUUCAGGUCCUAAACCUUGAAAGGAAUCUUUUAAAAUGUCUUCCACAAUCUAUAGGAGACCUUGCCCAGCUCCAGAUGCUCAAUGUGAAAGGGAACAAGCUGAAGGAGCUGCCUGCUACUGUGAGUGGCUUGCGGAGUUUGCGCACUCUGGAUAUCAGUGAAAACAUGCUGCAAGAACUGCCACGGGUGCUGGCUCACAUUCGCACGCUGGAGACGCUUACCCUGGAUGCCUCUUCCAUGACCUACCCAUCAGCUGAUAUUUGCAGUGCAGGUACAGAGUCCAUUCAGCAGUUCCUCUGCAAAGAGUGUGGAAUUGAGUACUACCGUCCCUCGCAGUAUCUGCUCCCCACGCUGGAGAGUGAUGGAGGAGGAACAUCAGUGGAUGGGGUGGACAGGGCAGUGCAUAAGUACUUGGAGGAGGAGAGCGAGUGGCAGAACAAAUUCUUGGAUUAUGAGAAGAGGAAGGAAAAAAAAAUGCAGGAGAAGCUGGAAUUUGAGCGGGAUGAGAUACUACAGACAGUGAGAGAGGACCAGAUGAGGCUGGAGGAGGGUCUGACAAAGCACCAGCGCUAUUUGGAGGAGGAGCGCCUGAAGCUGCUGCAGCAGUUGAAGCAAGCAGAGCAAGGCAUUGCCAGCCGUAUCCAGAAGCUGCUAGAGGACAACCAGAGGCAAAAACAAAGUUCAGACAUUCUGAAAUCCCUGGAGAAUGAGAGAAUAAGGAUGGAACAGCUGAUGGCAAUCACACAGGAGGAGACGGAGCAUCUACGCAGAAGGGAAGUGGCCUCUGCCAUGCAACAAAUGCUGGCUGAGAGCUACAAGAACAAGCUCAUCCAAAUGACCUACGAGUCUCGUCGGCAAGACCUUGUUAACCAGGCCUGCUCCAGGCUGGCUGAGAUGGACCAGAAGUUCCAGCAAAUCCUGGCUUGGCAACAGCUGGAUCAGAACAAAGCUGUUAGUCAGAUCCUGCAGCAGAUUGAGAUGCAGAAAGCUGCCUUUGAAGCUCUGCAAGUGAAGAAGGAUCUUAUGCACAGGCAGAUCAGGAAUCAGAUUAAAUUAAUAGAAAAAGAGUUAUUGCAGUUGACACAGCUGGAGUUAAAGAGGCAAGAACUGGACACAGAGACGCUGCAGGGGGUGAUCACAGAGCAACGCCAAGCGCUUGGCUACCUGCUGCAGCAGCUGCUCAAAGAAAAGAAGCAAAGGGAAGAAGAACUGCGACAAAUACUGCUGGAAAUGGAGGCAAAGAGUGAAACCAAACAGGAGAACUACUGGCUGAUCCAGUACCAGGCGAAGUCUGGGAGCUCGCCUUGUGUUUUGCAGGAGGAGGGCUUGGAGAGGCAGCUGGUGAACCUUUUAAUCGAGCUGUCCGCUGAACAGUACCUGCCAGUUUUUGCACACCAUCGCAUAUCCUUGCAAGCGCUCGGCACCAUGACUGUCAGUGACCUGGAAAAGCUCGGCGUGACGGAGGCUGGCCUGCAGCGUGCCAUCCUCAAGCGAGCUCAGGAGAUCCUGGCCGUGGCCAAGACGAUCCCAGAGCUGCUGAAGUCGGUGGACGCCGAGGUCCCUGCAGCCCCAGAACCCAGCGCUCCCUUCGAGGAGCCUCUGAGUCCUGUGGUCCCGAUGGCUCCCCCGUUGCAGUGGGACGAGAAGAAGUCAGAGUGCGUUGUCUGCAUGGAGCAGGAGACCCAGAUGGUGUUCCUGCCCUGCGGCCAUGUGUGCUGCUGCCAGACCUGCUGCGAGCGGCUGCACACUUGCCCCCUGUGCCGCAACGACAUCACACAGCGCAUCCGCAUCUUCCACAGUGGCUAG